ACAGUACAACCAACGCCCAUCAUCCUGCUCAUCAAUCGAGAGAGUAAGGCGACACGACAACAACAACAACAACAAUAUCGCCAACCAUGGCGUCCAGAUCAUCGCAAGGCGUUCAUUCCUUGCUGGAAAAGAUGGGCUCGCCCGAUGCAGAUUUCAGAUAUAUGGCAUUAAGCGAUCUGAUCGCAGAGGCAAAUCGUGGGAUGCUAAGCUCGGUGGAACAAAAAGUACAAAUGACACUUUUACGUAAAGUUUUAGAUUUAGUACGGGAUCAAAAUGGAGAAGUGAAAAAUAUGAGCGUAAAAUGUUUAGGUACUUUGGUCAAAACAAGAAAUGAUGAAGAAAUACGAUUGAUCAUUGAUACUUUGGUUGAAUAUAUUUCUUCAAAAGAAGAUGAAUUACGUGAUAUCGCUUCUCUUGGUUUAAAGACCGUUAUGGGUCAGAUACCUGUUGAAGGUGAUCAAGCAAUCAUGGCUGCAGAUAAACUCGUACCACGUCUUUUAUCACAAAUAUCCGAUCCAUCUGCAUCGCAAGAACUUUUGAUCGAUUCUCUAGACGUUCUAGCAGAUUAUUUCUCACGUUUCCCACAUGCAAUAUCCAAUGAUGCACCACUACAACGAAAUGCAAUCAAAGUCAUCCUGGCAGCAUUGAACAACAACCGUGCCACAGUUAGAAAGCGUGCCAUUCAGGCUGUCAGCGCUUUGGCCCCUUUUGCCAUUUCAGAAGUUUUUACAAAGUUAUCCGAAUCGAUUGCGGUGGCACUUUCGAGCGACAAAGAGGAAUCUAUCAAGAUCAACGUUCAACUAUUGGGCCUUUUGGCAAAGACUAGCUCUCGCCGUUUGGGUCGCAGAUUACCAGAAUUCAUGCCAAGAAUUAUGACGAUCUUGACGAGUGAACAAGCACAAGAAGAUGAUGAAUUACGUGAAAUCUGCUUGCAAGCAUUGGACAAUAUUGUUUUGCAUUGUCCUGCUGAAGUCACACCUUUCGUCAUACAAAUCGUCGAGUCUUCUGUCACUUUACUCAAGCACGAUCCCAAUUACGCUGGCGGAUACGAGUCUGAUGAAGAAAUGGACGCAGAAGAUGGAUUUGGUGAUGACGGGGAAGAUGACGACUUUAUCGACGAUGACCAAUAUUCAGACGACGAUGAUGUUUCUUGGAAAGUUCGAAGAGGAGCAGCAAAAGUAUUAGCAGGCAUCAUCGCAACACGUUCAGAGAUGCUACCAACAUUGACAUCAGGUGUAGCACCUGCUCUCGUUUCAAGAUUCACAGAAAGGGAAGAGAGUGUACGUAAUGAAGUUCUCAAUACCUUUUCUGCCCUUUUGCAACAAGUGCGAAUGCAUGGAAGUGUUCCACAGGCAACAGAAGUUUUGCGUAAUUCGCCAGGUGCAUUGAAGCGCAAAUGGGAGGCAGAUGCCGCAGUUGUCGCAACAGAGGGAAGUCCUUUGAGUCAGAUCAUGUCUCUAAAGCCUGCUCUGGCAAAAGCUUUGUCAAAGACGGUGGUCUCAAAGACUGUACCUACACGUUUGGCAAGCUACGUGGUUCUAAGAGAUCUGAUCAUCCUCCUACACGGAGGGCUAGACGAACAUAUCGGCCUUCUGGUCACCCAAACAGAAAAGGCUUUGAAAGGAGCAGAGACCUCUACCGGUCCAAGUACGAGCAUCAAGACAGAGAUUUUGAUCUUCUUGAAUCUCUUAUUCCGAUACCACAGGCCAGAAUUCUUCGAUCAAUAUUUGGAUCAUUUGGUGCCUUUUAUCGCAUCUGUCAUCACUGACAAGCUUCAACGUGAAACUAUUGAAGGCUUUCGUGUUGCCGCAGAGUUGGUCGCAGUCUUGCGUGCACCAUCAAUUUCGACAGCUACGAGCGGCAAGUACAAAGCAUACACUGAGCAACUUUACACUGCUAUCAUGGUGCGUUUAGAAAGAAGUGAUUCGGAUCAAGAAAUCAAAGGAAAAGGAAUCGAUGCAUUAAGCAACUUAUUGGCAUUUGCCGGGGAUGAUUUGCAGGAACAUUUGCCGAAAGCCUUUGCACAUCUGCAUGAUCGUCUCAACAACGAAACGACGAGAUUGGCGGCAGUAAAGGCAAUAACAUUAAUCGUCUCCUCAGCUGUCUGUGUGGGAGAGGUGGUCAAUCAAUUUGCCACACAAUCAAUCAGCCCUAUAGCAGAAUUUGUUCGUCAGAACAAUCGUGCUCUACGGAUUGCUUCUUUCGAUGGACUCAAUGCUCUUUUGAUUAGGAUCGGUAAAUAUGUACCAGAGGAGAUUGCGGAACGUGUUGUGGAUGAGAUCAAUCCUCUUCUGCAACACGAUUCCAAUAUCAGUCUUUUGCCUUCGGCCCUAGAAGCACUUUCUCGUCUCGUUGAGAAUGGUCGCGGUAUCAAUGCCAUUCAAACAAAAGUUAUACCCAACAUCUUGAAGCUCGUCAGAUCACCUCUGCUCCAAGGCACAGCUCUUGCAUCAACAUUGAAGUUCCUGGAAGCACUUUUGACUGCUUCACCUGCGGUAUCAGAGCCAAUCAUCAGAUCUCUUGAUGAAGCUGCACUCACAUCACAAGAUGCCGCAAAUCAAACGUACUUUAGUCAAGUCUCAACUACUCUGGCACAAUGCUAUUCGGUUGUGGCCAAAUGUGUACCGACUGCUUCCGCUCCUAUUGUCACACGAGCAAAGAGCAUCUUUACCAAAAAGGAUGCAAAGGAUGCAGAAGUCUAUUUCCAUCUUUUGCUGAUCGGAGAAUUGGCUAGGUUCACCAAUUUCAGUAAGGACAAAUCCUUGUUUGAUGACGUUUUGAGAUUAUACGAUGCAGAUUCGGAUGAAGUCAAAUCAGCUGCUGCUUUCGCUGUUGGAAACAUGGCUGUAGGCAAUCUGGAGAAAUUCCUGCCUAUUAUUGAAGCGCAAAUGCAUGAAGAGAAGCACAGUCUUUUGGCUUUGCACGCAUUGAAGGAGCUCAUCACUCAUGGAUCGUCGGAUCAAUUGGCAAUCUUGGCAAAUAGAAUCUGGCAGCCGCUGUUUGAGAUCUGUGCAGCAAAAGAUGAAGCAAUUCGCAACAUCGGAGCUGAAUGUUUGGCUAGAUUGAUUUUGACGGAUCCGGCGCAAUAUUUGAGUCAAUUACAAGCACGAAUCAGAGAUCCUGCUCCAAGUACACGUGCUUCUGUGAUUGCCGCGAUCCGAUUCACAUUGACGGAUACUUCGGCAAAAUAUGACGACCUUUUGUCUCCAAGAAUUGUUGAAUUUUUGAGCCUCCUUUCGGACGAGUCAUUGGAGGUACGCAAGCCGGCCAUGUUUGCAUUCAAUGCAGCAGCACACAAUAGACCUGCUUUGAUUCGGGACCAUUUGACAAUACUUUUGCCAAUGCUCUACAAAGAGACCGUACCAAGACAAGAGCUCUUACGUAAAGUUUCGAUGGGACCGUUCACGGUGACAACGGAUGAUGGAUUGGACUUACGUAAGAACGCAUUCGAGACAAUGUAUACCUUAUUGGAUACAUGCUUUGGUAAGAUCAAUCUUACAGAAUACAUUCAACGAGUCAUUGCUGGGCUGCGAGAUGAGGAUGGAAUCAAGGUUCUUUCCUCUUUGAUGUUGGUUCGUCUGGCCAGCCUUGCUCCAACACAAGUUGCACAACAUCUAGACGAUAUCGUUGAACCAAUCACUUCAACAUUGAAAGUCAAAUUGAAAGAUCAAGCAACCAAACAAGAUGUAGAAAAGUCAACCGAAUUACAGAGAUCAUUGUUUCGUGCAAUGGUUGCAUUGGAUAAAACGCCUCAUUCCGCUCCAAAGUUCCAGGCUUUGGUACGAGAUGCAAAGCAAAGCAGUCAAUUAUACCGUGAAGUGGAAGAAUCUUCUUUGGUUGCUAUGAAUGGGCAAAGAGAAGUUGCCAUGGAUUUAGAUGGGUAGGAGUCAGAUCAUCCCUUACAAAUGUAUAUCAAUCAAAAAUCAUCCAAUAUAAUUGUUCUCUCC